GGGAUUUUUGUUUGUGAAAGAAAAUUAAAGGAAGAACCCCAACAUUCUUGAUCGAGAAGCUAUAAGAGCACAACUCAUAUAAUUUAGCUACAAUUAUAUUUGAUCGAUCGAUCAUCCCAAUCCAAUCAAAUAUACAGAGUAUAUAAUUAGCCAACACCCUGAUCGAGGAAUACAUAUAUAUAAUGGGUGUUGGCCCCGACGGCCAUAAUAUAUGAUCGAAAAGUGAUGAGAUUGCAUGUGGGCAUAUAAGGCGCAUGCGUGACGGCCGGCUGGGGAAUGAAUUAAGCAUGAAGAUGAAUUGCUUUUCUUGUUGCUUGUCUGGAGAGGAGGACGAGAAACUUUCCAAAAAGAGUAUUCAACAAUGCAAGGACAUGAGACUUCUUGCCUCAUUCGCCAACAUUUCCUUAAAAUCUGAUAGAAGCAGGAAGAAAUACAUUGAAGAAGAAGUAGCAAAAUUUGGAAAAGGGAAGAACAAUAGUAGUUCAUCAUCAUCAGCUCGUGCUUUCACAUACCAACAACUUGUUGUUGCCACCCAAAACUUCAACCUCCAUUCUUUGCUUGGUGAAGGCGGUUUUGGAAGAGUCUACAAAGGCCACCUCCACACCACAAAUAAAGAUGUUGCUGUUAAAAAACUGGACAGAAAUGGGCUUCAGGGAAACCGAGAGUUCCUUGUGGAGGUUUUGUUGUUGAGCCUUCUACACCACCCCAACCUUGUGAGUUUGCAAGGGUAUUGUUGUGAUGGAGAUCAACGAUUAUUAGUAUAUGAAUUCAUGUCCAAUGGCUCCCUUGAAGAUCAUCUUCUUGAUCGAAAGGGGGGAGAGAAAGCGUUAGAUUGGAUGACAAGGAUGAGGAUUGCCCAAGGAGCGGCAAGAGGGCUAGAAUAUCUGCAUGAAACAGCAAAGCCACCAGUGAUUUAUCGCGACUUCAAAGCCUCCAAUAUAUUACUAGAUGACGAGUUCAAUGCAAAGCUGUCAGAUUUUGGGCUGGCUAAACUGGGCCCGACGGGUGAGCAGUCUCAUGUCACCACUCGAGUCAUGGGCACAUACGGCUACUGUGCACCCGAGUAUGCUUCCACGGGGCAGCUCACAACCAAAUCCGAUGUUUACAGCUUCGGUGUUGUCUUUUUGGAGAUUUUAACGGGAAGGAGGGUCAUUGAUAACUCCCGCCCUAGUGAAGAACAAAACCUCGUUUUGUGGGCACAACCAUUGUUUAAAGACAAGAAGAAGUUUCACAUGAUCGCAGAUCCAUUGCUGGAAGGGAACUAUCCCGCAAAGGGAUUGCAUCAGGCUCUUGCAAUAGCGGCCAUGUGUCUGCAAGAGGAAGCCGACACGCGACCUUUCAUUAGUGAUGUAGUAUCCGCUUUGGAGUUUUUAUGCGGGAGCAGAAGCAGCAGUGGAGACGAUGAUGAAGAUGAGGAUGCGGCCGCAGGUCAUGAAGAUAAUGCAACUGACGUUGCCACAUCUUCUCCACCACAAUGAGAUCCAUUGAGGAUGUACUAGCUAGUUAUGUAGUGUUCUUCGUUCAUACAUCUUACGUUACACACCGACUAAGCUAUCUAGCUAAGAUCUCAAUGCAUGUAGAUACCUAUAUAUUCAUGUACGUGAUGGUGGAUAAAUGAUGUUAGUACAUGUUAAUUGACUGUUAGCUUGUACUACACAUACAUACACAAACACAGACACACACACACACAAUUAGGAUCAAACAAAAAGAGGAUUUAACUUGUGAAAUCCACACUUCACC